AUGGGAAUGUUUCGUCCGGGUCGGGCGAGGUCUCUGGUCCUCUCCAUGCUCGCUCUGAUCCUCGUGUGCACGGUCUAUCUGUAUUGGAGUCCAAUCACCGCCUCAUCCACCGUCUCCGUUGUCCCGAGCACAGCCUUCGAGGUACCCUUGGCAGAGCGCCAGAAAGAUUUCUGGAAAGCUCUGCAGCCCAUAAUCGAACGUCACAAUCCCAAUUGUCCCUCGCCGGAUAAACUGGCCGAUGCCAGCGCCGCCCAUUUCGACCCCACGAAAGACCAGCCCCGGCCCGAUGUAACAGGCAUGAGCGAGGAAGGUGUGAAGGCCAUGGAGGAUGCCCAUGCGAGUUUCCUAGAGGAUGUAAAGAAUGCCGGUAAAAACCUCAAGCCCGUCCAUACCCCCGGGAAGCGCGGGUUGGUGUCGACGGCCGGUGCCAAGUACCUGCCGGUCUUCGUCUCGUCGCUCCGCAUGCUUCGUCGGGCCGGGUCGACAUUGCCAGUGGAGGUGUACAUGAAGGAUGCCGGUGAAUACGAGAAACGGGUCUGUAAUGAGGUGCUCCCUAUGCUCGAUGCGCGAUGCCUGGUAUUGGGUGACGUGGUGGGAAAGAGUGUGAUUGAGCAUUAUCAGCUCAAAAUUUUCGCCGUGCUGUUCUCAUCUUUCGAGGAAAUCAUGUGGAUGGAUGCAGACUGCUUUCCACUGGGCAAACCCGAAGAGCUUCUUGACUCGGAGCCUUUCACGUCCAAUGGUUUGGUGACCUGGCCCGAUUUCUGGGGCUCUUCCGCAUCUCCCUUAUACUACCGAGUUUCGCGGCAAGAGGUGCCACCCAUGACGGCGCGUCAGUCUUCCGAGACGGGCAUCUUCCUGGUAUCGAAAAAAACACACCUCCUCCCGCUCUUGCUUGCCGCCUACUAUAACUACUACGGCCCGUCGCAUUACUUCCGACUCUUGACUCAGGGCGGCCCCGGAGAAGGGGACAAGGAGACAUUCCUCCAGGCUGCCACGGCCGUCGGCGCCUCGUUCUAUGCAGUUAGCGAGAGGGUGCAAGCUAUCGGACAUUCGAAAGAUGAUGGCCUGUCAGGCUCUGCCAUGGCCCAGUCCGACCCUCGCGAAGACUUUGCCCUCACUUCCCAGGGCAAAUGGCGAACCAAAGACCCGGCUGUUGCUUUGCCUCCUCGGAUCUUCUUUGUCCAUGCGAACUACCCCAAGUUCAACCCUGGCGACAACCUCUUUGGUCAGGGAUGGGAGACAACGCCCACGUUGAAGCAAGAUGGAUCCGAUGGACGAGCAUGGACUGCUCCCUCGGAUACCCUGAAACGCUUCGGGUACGACGUGGAGAGAGCCUACUGGGAAGAAAUUAAAUGGGUGACCUGCAACCUGGAAGGUUCCUUCAAAUCCUGGGAGCACAAGGCAGGUCUCUGUCGCCGAGUCGAAGAAUACUGGCACAAUGUAUUUGCCGAAACACACAACGAUGACCCCAAGUUCACUCAAGACAGUUGA